GGUCUCAGUUACCUGUAUUUAAACGACGAUUUGAACAGGAAGCGACACAGAUGUGACAUCGUAAGCUCAGCGACCAACCAUAUUUCUGGAAGUCUCUGCCUGAAGUACCAAGAAUUGUAAGAGUUCUCGAUUACCAACACUUCUCAAAUGAAUCAGCGAGAGGAAAUGCUCACCGCUGCACGAGAAAGAAACUUGGAUCAGAUGAAUAAAGCGCUAACGGACUGCAUGGCUGUCAACCUUCAGAACAAAAGAGAGAUAGAGGACGCUAAAAUACAACUAAUGGCCUUGUGUCAGGAAGAAAUGGAAGGGGCCGUUCAAAGAAAAAACUGGGAAGAGCUCCGUGAGUGCAUCAAGAAAAUAGAGAACACCUGUGUCGGGGACAUGGUGCAACAACAGGCUUGGUUCAGAAAGGGCAAGGAAUUAUUAUGGAAACGAGAGCUGGGCGAGAAAGCGAUGAUCGAGGCCAUGAGGAGUAACGAUGAGGUCGAUGGUGACAGACCUUCAGACCAUGUCAUUAACGUCAUCGUUGCAGCCUUCAUUAUGGUUGGAGUAAGCGAGGAGGAAGUUGAUACAUGGCAGAAGGUCAAUGCAAAACUGAAGGAAAUAAGCAAACAACAACUUAUGAACAAAGUUCGCAGUUUGGACUGCUCUUUACUGACUCCAGAUCAGGUGGAUCUGGUCAAAAAGAAGCUGGGGUGAGCUGGCGGGACGUUUGGCGAGCACAGACCAACAGAAACUUUCAAGAAAGAGAGUACGAUGCCCGUGAAUAUCAACGAUGUAGGUAGAGGCUGCGCCAUGUCUCCCUUACUCAUGACAAAGUAACAAGUGCUUUGACUCUUAGUUAAUUAUUAUAGGUAGAAUUUUUACACAUUAUUGUAAUAAAUCUCUACUUUACAAACUUUCUGUAUAUUUCGUAACACGAGUCAACUAAGAGUUGUGUUCUUUUGUUUUCAUGUACACAUCUGUCACUGUUUGCUGCGUUUUCAUCAUGUGUGCUAAUUGUAUUAUUUCCGCAUCACCAUUUAGACAAUUUAAAAUUCCUAGAUCAUAAUAUUUAAAAU